GUCUCCAACGCCUCGAUGACAAAAGACCGUGCUGGGCCGGGACCCCCAGUCAGUCAGUCAGUCAGUCAGUCUGGAAACCCUCUCAGCUGUCUGCUAGACUGGCAGGAGACCGGUGCCGGAUUUCUCCUGCACAGUUUCUGUCUCAACCAACCCACGUAUGCAAAGGGAAGCGAGCCCAGCACGGUGAAAAAAAUGCCUCUGGCUAAAGACCUCCUCCAUCCUUUUACUGACCACGAGAGAAGACAACACAAAAAGAAAAGACUUGUUCAGAGUCCUAACUCCUACUUCAUGGAUGUGAAGUGCCCAGGCUGCUACAAAAUCACAACUGUCUUCAGCCAUGCACAAACAGUCGUUCUCUGUGUGGGAUGCUCAACUGUGUUGUGUCAGCCAAAAGGAGGAAAAGCCAGACUGACAGAAGGUUGCUCUUUCAGGAAGAAGCAACAUUAAGUAGACAACACACUUGAUGCCAUCUCCGACACAGCCUGGGGUUAAUAAAUACCACGAUUUUGUAACAUGCAAACAGUAAUAAAAGUCUGCUGCUGUACAGAU